AAAGUUUACCGAGCUCUCUCUAACUUAUCGUUACAGUUGCUCUCCUUCUUCCUCCAUUCAUUUCACUAUGCAUCUUCUCCUUCUCAUUUUUGUGUUAUUGAUUCUUCUGAAGUUUGUUCACUCAGUCAUAUGGGUUCCCUAUCGGAUCCAAAACCACUUCAAAAAACAAGGGAUAACUGGCCCUGGCUACCGCUUGAUUGUUGGCAACACAGCCGAGAUGCGACGUGUGUUCACAGAAUCUCGGUCGAAGACAAUCUCUCCAUUUAACCACGAUAUACUUCAUCGUACAGCACCUUUCUAUCACAGGUGGUCACGCAUAUAUGGGAAGAAUUUCCUGUACUGGUUCGGGACAGUGCCCAGGCUUUCAAUAACCAACCCGGAUAUGAUUAAGGAGAUCCUCAUGAAUACGGGGUCAUCUUACGAAAAGUUUGAGUUUAACCCCUCGUCUAAGCAGCUAUUUGGGCAGGGACUUUUUGGGCUUACAGGUGACAUAUGGGCUUUUCACAGGAGGAUCGCCAAUCAGGCCUUCAAAAUGGACCGAAUUAAGGCUUGGAUGCCAGAAAUUGUGGCUAGUACCUUGAAAAUGAUUGAGAAAUGGGAGGAAACAGGGAAGGGGGAAGAUGAAUUUGAGAUAGACGUGCAUAAAGAACUUCAUGAUCUCUCAGCUGAUAACAUAUCCCGUACAGCUUUUGGGAGUAGUUUUGAAGAAGGCAAGCGUAUUUUUUUGUUACAAGAAAAGCAAAUGUACCUCUUUUCUCAUGCUGUGAGAGGUGUAUAUAUUCCUGGGUUUAGGUUCUUGCCAACCAAGAAAAACAUAGAGAGGUGGACAUUGGAAACAGAAGUUCGUAAAUCAAUAAGGAAACUGAUAAAAAACAAUGGGAAAGCUAAAGAAAAUUCCAGAAAUCUACUGAGUCUUUUGAUGUCAUCUUAUAAAAACCAAGAUGGUCAAGAAGAGAGAUUAGGAGUUGAAGAAAUUAUAGAUGAAUGCAAGACCUUCUACUUUGCAGGAAAGGAAACAACAGCUAAUCUUUUGACUUGGACCCUUUUACUUCUCGCUUUGCACCAAGAAUGGCAAAUCAAGGCACGAGAGGAAGUGCUUCGUGUCUGUGGAGAAAAUGAGCAACAAAUUGCGGACAGCUUAAGUGACCUUAAGCUUGUACACAUGAUACUGAAUGAAACACUUCGACUUUACCCUCCAGCUGUCAUGUUGAUAAGGAAAGCAACUAAAAGCUGUAAACUGGGGAACUUGGACAUUCCUGAAGGCAUGCAAAUAUAUUUGAACUUAACUGCAAUACAUCAUGACCCUGAUAUAUGGGGAGAUGACGUUAAUGAGUUCAAUCCACUGAGAUUUAGUGAAGCCAGAAAGCAUUUAGCUGCAUUUUUCCCAUGGGGUUUAGGCCCCAGAACCUGCGUUGGUCAAAACUUAGCUAUGACCGAGGCUAAACUUAUGCUAGCUAUGAUCAUCAAACGUUACACUUUCAGGCUGUCACCAACUUAUGUUCACGCUCCAAUGGUGCUUGUAAGCACACAGCCUCAAUAUGGUGCACCCAUUAUGUUUAGCAGGCUUCAAAAUUGAUAAUUUAUCGGGGCAGUUUUUUUUUUUUUUUUUUUAAAUGUUUCUGGAAGUGAAAGCCUUAGAAUAACAAAUGUGCUCUUAAUUGAGUAACAUUAAGUAUCUGUGUAUGGAUCCAAAUUUGUUCAACCCAGCCCAGUUAAGGAGUGGAACAAAGCGACGCAGCCAUAACAACUUGUUUUUAGUGGGAAUUUUAGGCAUGUAUAAUCCAUUAAUUUGUCGAGUUUAUAAGGAAGAGUGGUUUUUAAGCGACAUGAAAUAAAUUUAUAAA